AAAAAAUUAAAGUUCCACAUUAUUCCAGGAUAUCUAUAAUUAGAAAAGAAAUAAAAAGAAACUACAAUAAUAAUGGGUCACUAUGACUAUGAUGAGUAUAGAGACUAUGAAGAGAAUAGUAAUGAAAAAAGAACAAAACAAGCGAAUCGAAUAGUCAGUACAGCCUAUCUCGAGAUUUUCGAUUGGCUGUCGCUAAAGAGAGUGGGGUAUUACGGAGAGAAUUCGUAGUAGGAGGGUUGUUGAAUGAAUAGCGGAACGCUCAGCCUCCCGACGCACUCGGUCGCAACCCCGACAUCCAGCAAAUCGCGCGGCCGUACGGUCCCGUGUCUGAGCGUGUCCGCGAAAAAAACCACCCUGUAUCUGCUUCGAUCCGAGAGUGUUCCACGCCAAAGAAGCGGCGACAUAAAUCAAACGAACGAACGAACGAUACAGCGGUGUGUUUCGAGAAGAAAAAAAAAAGGCUGCGCGUAUAAAUACAAUACCUCGGUGACGUUACGACGGUGAUUGAAAAUUAAUCAAACUACGUGCUCAAAUAUCGCGAAUACAGAAUUAAAAUGGAAACCAAAUUGCUUUUGAUGUUGAUACCAAACGCAUUGUGGGCGAUGACCGUCUAUGCAGCGCCCCUAUUAGACAUGAGGGACACUUGGAGUCGAGACGUUUUUACACCUAUAAUCAAGGCAGUGUGCUCCUCCGAUGGACAAUGUUGGGAAUUGCUACCAAUGUCACAAACGUACGAUGGCAACGUUAUACUAAAAGAAGACGGCGACACUUCCAGAUUGCAAUCUCAGCGUCACAUUACAGGACCGGUAUCCGAAUUCGUGUUAAGAUCAUGGAGGGAUGAUACAUUGAAAAAACCAGGACGGGAAAUUCGAGCAUCUUCGUCAACAAACAAGCAAAUGCCUACUAAAAUCAUGAAGAAAGAUGUAUUCGUAUCUCGCAGUUGGGGCGCCGGCGGUAUGCCUUUCUCUGUUUUGUACAUGAAUCCGCAUAGCUCGAGAUCAAAUCACGCAACAUUGACAUUCCAUCGACAAGAUUCGAGUACGACAACCGAGAGUUCCACAUCGUUCGCGAAACAUCCCAAUUCACGCGUCGGUUCACGAAGCGGUCAAACUACUGUACAACCAAGAAAACAAUAUUGGACCAUACCACAACUAUUUAUAUCAUAUGGUUGGGGUUCUUUUGGAAAAUAAAAACGAGUAUACGACUAUAUACGAUUCUUAAGAUAUGAUCUAUAUCAUCUCAAAAAAAUAAGACAUAAAGUGAGAAAGGAGAUAAAUUGAUCUUUGCAAUGUAUGUAAUCAUAACAGCAAAUGCAGAACAAUUGUCAAUUUUUGUUGCAAUUACGUAUUAAUUCGUUCUAAUAUUUUUCUAAUUUGUUCUAAUAUUCGUUCUAAUAUGUAAAAAAUUGUAAUUUACAUUUCUUUCUCUCUCUUUUCACGUAGAGUCUUCUUCACCAUAAUAAAGUUUCCAUUUAAAUAAAUAGAUAAACAUAUAAAAUAAACGCUAGAGCGUUGAAAAACUAUAAGAUGUGUAUUAUAAUCGAAAAAAAAAUAUCUUUUUGUUUUUUGCAUAUCAUAUAUUUGUGUGUGUGUGUGUGGUGUA